UUUGUUUUGUUUUGUUUUUCUCAUUUAUGGAUGCGCAUCAAGGGAAAGGAGUAUGGCAUCUGUAUACCUACGUGAUAAGGAGAAACAAAAGAUUUUAACAGAGGCUUUCCUUGACAAGCAGAGCUUUAUCGACAUCCCAGAGGGUUCGAUUAAGGAAAGGGGACUGGCAUCUGACCAACAUAAUAUGCAAGAGACGCGUUGGAUCCAUAGGGUUCCGGAGAAGCUCAGAAAUGUACGCCAAGAUGCUUAUACUCCCCAGCUAGUUUCCAUUGGCCCUCUUCACUAUGGCAAUCCAAAGCUGACGGAAUUGCAAGAUAAGAAGUUCAAAUAUGAGCAAGAAUUCUGGGAUCGCGACUUCUGUAAACAUAUUCCGAAAGAGAAAAGGAUGGAAUUCGUGGAAAAAAAUUAUUGGCUGGAAAAUAUCCAUCGUAAGAAUGCCGUGACGAUUGAGCGUGUAGACAGAUCGGAGUUGAAGCGCAUGAUUUUACAAGAUGCCUGCUUCAUCUUUGAGCUCUUCUUGAGAAAUUAUGAAAUUCAGCUACAUAAUAAAAACAUGCGAAGUUGGACACAGGAGAAGCUGCCUGAGGAAGUCGAGAAACAUUAAAAGGACUACAUACUGGGAACACCAUGGCUGACGGCAUCUAUAAGACAGGACUUGAUACUGCUGGAAAAUCAUCAAGAAUCUCUUCUAUUAGUUUCAAAUAACGAAAUUGUUGCAAGGACAGACGUACGAACGACGUUGAAUAAUCCCCGAUGGAUGAAAAUGUAAAUGUGGUUAUAUCAAUUAACUAGAUAAAAGAUCCGAUAAAAGAUCCGUACGUGGUUUCUUUCUAUUGUACUGAGUGUACGUGGUUUCUCUAUUGUACUGUUAUGGUCGGUUUGGCAUGCUGUAUUAGUUGUGCUGUGUUAGUCUGUGUCCUAUUUGUCUGUACUAUUUUAUUAUUAUAGGGUGCUUGUUGCAGUCCGUACCAUAAGCCUCUG